AACUUGCUUGGUACUAAAACCUCACCGUCGUUUGGUCACUGAAUCCCACUCUCUCUCUCUUCUCCGGCGAAGCCAUGUUACGCAGGUCGCUUCUCCAAAUUUCGUCUCGUCGAGCCGUUCGGAGGAUCCAAAGUCCGCACAUUCCUAGGUUUUUGAGAAAGGAAUUCUCCGCCGCUGUUCAGAAUCCGGCGGCGGCUCCGGGUGGUCCGGAAAAGCCACCGGAGAAGUCAGGCGGUUCAAACGCUUUUGUCCUUGGAGGCCUUGUUGUUGGCGGAGGGGCUGCUUUGGCUUACGGAGGUGGCUAUCUGGACUCGAUUCUCGGCUUGAAGAAGAAGGCUCCGGAGCCGGAAGUUGAGGUGAAUGCGAAUGAGGAGGUACAUGUGGAGGAGUAUAAGCCGCGUGAGGAAGAAGAGAGUAGCAAAGUGAGCUUUGCUCCUGAGGUUUCUGAGGAGAAGGGGGAUGCGCGUUCGGAAGAUGCUUCGAAAUUUGAAGGUUUGAGUGGAGGUGGAGGUGAGAGUGAGGCAAAGGUGGAAGAUCAAGCUGUGGUCAGUGAUGUAACUGAUGAGAAAGAUUUGGGGGAGGUUUCGGAAAAUGCAGGUGUUGGAGUAUUGUCGGAAGAGAAGGUAGGUGAUAAGAGUGGAGAGAAGAAAACUAGUGAGGUGCCCAAGGAGGAGGUUGAAACUGCACCGGUGGUUUCCGAUACUGAUCAGCAAGAGAUUGAGAUUAAAGCAUUGGCGCCUCAGCAGAAAAUCGUUGAGGAGAAGGCACAGGAUGCAAUAGCUAAUGUCGAAGAACCACCAAGUUCUCUGCUUAGUGCAUAUAAUCUGAAGGAUGGGGCUGAUGGAGGCAGUGAGAGUAAUUUUAGUACACAGGGGAGUAAUGAAAACAAUCCCCUUCCUAAAGAAAAAGAGGCUUUUACUAAUGCUGUUGAAGGGUUGGAUGAUGCUUACAUAUCCAAAGAUAGAAAGUUAGUUCUUGACUUCUUGGAAGCAAUUCAUGCUGCUGAAAGUAGGCAAGCUGAGUUAGAUCAGCGUGUUUCUUCUGAAGAAAAGAGAGCAUUAAAGGAGAAGUAUGAAAAGAAACUGAAGGAUGCUGGCAUUAGGGAAGCAAUGCUUGCACAGGAGGCAGCAGUGCUAGAAAAGGAAUUAAAGAGAGAAAAGGCAAAAGCAGUGCAGCAACUCAAGUCACUUCAAGAAAAACUUGAAGAGAAAUACAAGACAGAACUUGAGCAGAAGGAAAAUGAAGCAGAAAUGAAGGUAAAAGAGGUUGAGGAAUUGGCAAAAGCUGAACUGGCUGCCACAAUUGCAAGGGAGAAGGCAUCCCAGAUUGAGAAAAUUGCAGAAGCAGAUCUUCAUAUAAAAGCCUUGUGUGUUGCAUUUUAUGCAAGAUCCGAAGAAGCUCGUCAGACUCACUCUGCUCACAAGCUUGCUUUGGGCGCACUUGCACUGGAAGAUGCACUUUCCAAGGGGUUACCAAUCCAGACAGAACUAGAGGCUUUGAAUACUUAUCUUGAAGGCAUCGAUAAAGAUUCAAUUUUGGAUUUGGUCCUUUCAUCUCUUCCUGAGGAAACAUUAAAGAGUGGAACAGAUACCAUAUUGCAACUGAAUCAGAAGUUUGAUUCCUUGAAAGGGCCAAUACGACACUUCAGCCUAAUGCCUCCUGGUGGUGGUGGCCUUGUGGCUAACACUUUAGCACGGAUAGCAUCUUCGUUAAAGGUGAAGGAAGUAGAUCAAUCUGGGGAUGGGAUUGAGUCUGUCAUGAAUAAAGUGGAGUGCUACCUUGCUGAAGGAAAAUUAGUCGAAGCAGCCGAGGCACUAGAAGAAGGUGUCAGGGGCACACAAGCAGCAGCCAUUGUGGGUGAUUGGGUUAAACGUGCUAGGAAUAGGGCUAUCACAGAGCAAGCUCUAACACUUCUCGAAUCAUAUGCCACAUCCAUUAGCGUCACAUAACGUCUGAUUCAUUUAGUACAAAUACUGAGUCUACAUACUGUAUCGGGGGUAAUGUGCUGAGUAUAUCAGGGGUGACACUUUGAGAUUGUAAUUUUUUGGCAUAGCAUUGCAGCUUCCAAUGAUUUUGGUUCUCAUCGUAGCAAAACAGAUCAUGUAGUUCAAUCUGUUACCAGAAUGAUGAGUGAAAAUGUACCUCCUAUCUGUCAAAAGUGCUAAUAGCAAUUGCUAUAUAUAUUUUUUCGUU